AGCCAGUAUAUAUACUGCAAAUGCACCUACAGUAAAUCAUUCAUUCAGUUGUUCACUGUCCAAUAGACCAACAUACAUAAUCAUGAAGGUGUUGUGUCUUGCUGCAGUAGCAUUUGUUGCCGUUGCCACCGUAACGGCGGCUGAAAAAACUAGUCAAUUGUUUGACAGCCAAGAAAACAACCAACAAUGGAGAGAACAAGGCAACAACAACAACCAAUAUUUGGGCAAGUCGAACGACCAAAGUUUGUCGUACCAAGGGCUCAACAGGAACAACAACCAAGGACAAAACAACAUGGGCCUCAAUAAACAAAUGAACGACAACAUUGGCCUCAACGGACAAAUGAACCGCCACGUGUACCGCCAACUUAACCAGGACGGCAAAACUUUGUUCAACGGACAACAAAAUCAACAAACAAACGGCGAUUACAACAACCAAAACACCGGUUACGGCUCGGACGAAAGCUCUGAAUUCAUGACCACCGGAUCCAACUCCCAGGAAGACUACGUUCAGACUGAAGGCAUUUCCCAAAAGGACGCCGCCUACGUACUCGGCAACAACGUAGCCAAGAAAAUGAUGAACUUCGUCGCCAUCGCCGAAAAGUACGCUAACGCCAACGGAGCCAUCAAAUGCGAACACACCGAAGAACACCUCGCCUUGAAACAAAUGACCUUGCCGUUGCCAGACCAUCAAUACUUGAACAUCAACGAGAACAAAAUCAAAGGUCUCAACCACGGAAUCGUCAAGAACAUGAGAAUCAACACUGAAGAAAACAACGUCGAUGUAGAAUACUUGUUCAACAACUUGGUAGCCGAAGGUAACACGAAGACAAACACUGGUAACAACGAACCGUUCAACGUGAAAAUGAACAACGCCAACAUCCGUGUCUCGACCGAAUUGAACAACCGCAACCGCAACGUCGCCUGGACCCACAGCGAACAAAUACAAAUCAACACAGACUCCGCUCUAUCCCAGAAACACCAAAUUUUGAACCAAAACAACGCUGCAUCCAAAUUCAUCCAACACUUGAAGAGGUCUAUCGAAAACGAAAUGAUCGAAAACUCCUACGAAGGUUUUGUCGGAUGUAUGAGGACCGAAGCCCAAAAAACAUACAACAUGCCUUUGGGACCCGAAAACGACAUGGUGAUCGUCAACAAGAGAACCGGCCUCAAGGUUUCGUUGGUCAACACCCAAAACUGGAACGACAUUGAAUCUAAAGAUACCAGGAAAAUCAAGUCCGUGUCCGUGCGCCAAAUCGAAUCCGGAAACGGUUUCAGAGUAAAGGUCAACAUUGUCAUGUCCAAACAGCCCACAUGGCAGAGCGACAUCUUGGUCAACAAACAACAACAAACCGCCAACUUCAAGAACGUCAACUUCCAAGCCAACGACAUCGUCGCCACCGCUGUUUUAGAGAACAUCAUCCAAAUCAACGGAGACUCACGAUUCAAUGUUGCUGACGUUCAAGUCAAAUUCAACGGUCUUAAAUUCAACAUUGCCGACAACCAGGAUUUGGCAAUGGACGUUCAACAAAACCUCCACAGAAUGUUGGAAAACAACAUGGCUGUUGUUCUCAAACAACAAUUGAAACAACAACAUCAGUUCUGCCAAAACUCUCAAGACGAGUGUGCCAAGUGUGGCAACCAAAAGCCGUCACUUUUGAGUUCAUUAUUUAAUAAGAAAGUUUAAUUUGUUCGUAAAAAAAAUGUACUAAAACCUUAAUAAAACAUCCAUAGGCAAUGUAUACAA